CAACAACAACAACAACAACAACAGAGCUUCCGGUAAGACCAAAUUAUUAUUUCAUUUAAUUACGUAUACCUAUACAUAUACACAUCUAUUUUUAUUUUAUGAAUAGUCUACAAAUGAUUGUAUCAAUCGAAAAUACUACAACAUUAUGACUACAAGCGUUCCAGAUCUUGAAAAAUUCCCAGAACCUCAAUUUGUUCCCUUUUUUGCCCCGAAACAAGUCAACUUUAGUAACCCUAUCUUUAAAGAAAAUGUUCGUAGUGUAGGAAAGGAUAAGACAGGAUUACUUUAUAAUUUGAUUGAUAAACUUGAACAGAUCCAAUCAAUACAUUUCGAAAGAUGAAUCGAAUUUUUAGAGAGGUACCGAUACGAAGACGAUGGGAUCAAGGAGGAGCAGAGGAGAUAGGUGGUGAGACUUGGGCAGGAGACUCUAGAAAGGAUGCGGGCAAUUUUGUUGAAACUGUACAAGUUAUCUUGCCUUAUAUAGGGCAAGAAAGGGUGACAGUCUUGGCUCUUGAAUGUAUACGUCAAUUAGCCGUUACUCAAGCAGGUCUCUUUCGAUUUUAUGAACGACAAGUGAAUGAGGAUGGUGCAAGUUUAGAGUCAAGAUUGUUAGAGAAAUUAUUAAAAGUUCGAAUUAGUUCUAAUUCAACUAUACGUAUGGCUGCAGAAGAUGCAUUAGAUGCAGUUUUAGGUACAUUAAGUCCUUCUACGACAUUCGAAAUGUUAAUGGCAUUCAUUGUAUAUCGUCUUGUGAUUACACCCUUCGAUUCCAUCAAAUUGGAUAAUCCAUAUCAUCCAAUUGGAUUAGCCUUUAUAUACCUUUCAAAAUGCGUUAAAGAAAUCAAUGAUAAAUUUUAUAUUGAUGAAUGGUUAAGCAAAGGCUGUGUGAAUGCAUUUUUUAAGGGUAUCAAUCAUCCUUUCAUUCACAUAAGAAAAUCUUGCGUAGAAGCUAUUGUUGCAUUUCAUGAAGUCAUUGGAGAAAAUAUAUAUAUACUUGACUAUUAA